AUGCUUUAAACUUAACCUCUCAAAUGGGCCUAGAUUAGUAAUUUAGUAUAAAAUUUAAGCUAGAUACUCCAUGUUGGAUUUUCAAUGACCAUAAAUUAAUACCUGGAAUAAUUCUUUAAGUUUCUCCAUUUUUAAUUAGCACUUCUGAGGGUAAUUUUGCUGAUUCCAAAUAUGUAUAUUAAAGAAGUUAAGAUGAUUUAUAAGAAAUUGAAGAUUUAUUGGAUUUAUCAAUUUUAAAUGAAGCUGAAGUUCUAAAUGUUUUACAUCUAAGAUUUUAACAAAAAAAAUUUCAAAUUUUUUGUGGAUCAUCUUUUAUCAGCAUUAAUCCUGUUCAUAAAGAAAUCAUUAAAUCUUAACAAUUGUAAUAAAUUUCAUUAAAUGUUUACCAUUAAAUGAUUGAAAUUCCUUAAUCAAUUAUAAUGACUGGAGAAUCAGGAUCUGGUAAAUCUGAAAUAAGUAAAUAAAUUUAAUUAUAACUUUCUAAAUUUGGUAAUAUUCACUCUAAAUUAAUGGCUUCUAAUUAAAUUAUAGAAGCUUUUGGAAAUGCAAAAACUAUGAGAAAUUCAAAUUCAUCUCGUUAUGGAAGAAUAACAAAAAUGUUUUUUGAUAAAGAUUAAAAGUUAUGUAGUAUUCAAUUAUCUAUAGUUUCACUUGAAAAAUCACGUAUUUAUAAUAUUCCUUAAGGAGAAAGUAAUUUUAAUAUUUUUUAUUAAUUCUUGAAUUAUGGAUAAUUUUCUUUAUUUAAUAUCAAUACAAAUUAGCAAUAAAUUUUGAUUCCUAAUCAUUUGAAUUCCAAAUCAUCCUAGUAAUAAUCUUAAAAGGAAACAUCAUAAUUUUAGGAUACAAUUGAUGCUCUCAAAUUAUUUAAUAUAAAUAUUGAUGUUAUUUUAGGAAUAUUAGCUUCUAUUAUUAAAUUAGGUAAUAUUUAAUUUGAUGAUCAUGAUACCAAUUGUACAAUUAAUGAUCAAAAAUCAAUUCAACAGAUUAGUUAAUUACUUGGAAUUUCAGAUAAAGAAUUAAUAAGAUGUUUAUGUUACAAAUAGAGAUAAUUAUUGAAAAAUGAAGUUGUAGAUACUCCAUUAAGUAGAAUAGAAUGUGUAAAUCAAUAAUAAAAUAUCAUAAAAUAAUUAUAUGAAAGAUUAUUUGAAUUUCUAAUUGAUGCAAUUAAUUGUUAGAUGACAACAUAAUCAAAUAAGUAUUAAAUAAACAUUGUUGAUUUUUUUGGAUUUGAAUAAAAUGCAUUCAAUAGCUUUGAGUAAUUGCUAAUUAAUUAUUCUUAUGAAAAAAUAUAAUAAUUCUAUUUAUUUGAGACUUUUCAAAGUGAUUCUAAAUUAUUCCAAUUAGAAGGUUUAACUAAUAAUUAAGUUCCAAUCAAUUAUACUAAUAAUUUUUAGAUUUUAGAAUGUUUAGAAAGACCUCCUUUAGGAAUAUUAAAUAUAUUAGAUGAUAGUUGUACAGUAGCUGGUACUGAUGAAACCUUUUUAACUAAAGUUAAGAAUGCUUUUGUUAAUAAUUAAAUUAUAACAUAUCCAAAAUCUUAAGCUUAACCUAUAUUUAAAGUUCGACAUUCUCCAAGAGAAGUUGAAUAUAAUGUAAUUGGUUUUAGAAUAAAAAACAAAGAUGAAGUUAAUAAACAGUUUUAAAUUUUACUUUAAAAAUCUAAAAAUUAAUAUAUAUCGACAAUCUACUAAUAAAUGAUUACUUAAAAGUAUUUAGGAACGGUAGCAAGAACAGAUUUAUAAAAUUUAAUUAGUUCUAUGAAAGAUUUUAAUAAUUAUUUUAUAAGAUGUAUUAAACCAAAUGAUUAAAUGAUAAAAGACUAAUUUAAUCAAUAAUUUGUAUUAAAUUAAAUAAGAGAUUCUUGUGUAAUUGAAAGUUUAUAAAUGAGGAAAGAAGGAUAUGCAUACAGAAGAACUUAUUAAUAAUGUUAUUUUGAAUACUUUUCUACAAUUUAACAGAAAAAAGUUGAUUAUAAAGCAAUAGUCAUAAAUUAUAUUAAGAAAAACUUUGCAUUUGCAGAUGACUAAGUAUUAUUUGGAAAUAGAAUGGUAUUCUUUAGAUAUUAAACAUAUCGAAUAAUUUAGUAAGAAUUAAAGAAGUAGAAUAAUUUGAAGCAUUAAGCUGCAUCAAAAUUAUAGAAUGCAUGGAUAUGUUAUAAAAACAAAAUGAUUUUUAGGGAAUUUUAGUGUAGAGUAAUAUACAUUCAAGCUCAUAUAAGAGGAUAUUUAGAAAGAUAAAGAUAUGUAAGAUUAGUGUAGUCAAUAGUUUUUAUAUAGUUUAAAAUUAGAGAGUUUUUAAAGAGAAUUAAUUAUAAAAGAUAUUUACAAUCAUCAAAAGUGGUUUAAAAAUAUUUUAGAAGAAUAUGUGCAAUUAAAUAAAUGAUUGUGGAAGAAUAAUGUGCAGUUAAAAUAUAGAGAUUUAUAAGAUAAAAGUAAUUGCAUUAAGAAUAGGAAAUAGAAAGUGAUAUAAAAAAAUUAUUAAAUAAAGUAACUGAUUAAGCAUGGAAAGUUAUUGUUUAUAGAGCUGCAACAAGAAUUUAGAAAAUAUGGAAAGGUUAUAUUACUCGUUAAAUAAAUGAAGAUAAUAUAUAAUCAAUUAAAUUAGCUGGAUUUUUAGUUACAGCUAAUCAGGCUGCAACUACAAUCUAAAAAUAUGUACGUAGAAAUUAAUAAAAAAGAUAUUAUUAAUCAUUAAGAGCAGCUACUACCUAUAUAUAGGGAUGGAUUAGAAGUAAAUGGUUGACCAAUUUAUUUUAGAGAAUUAGAUUUGCUACUAUAAUAAUUUAACGUGGAGUGAGAAAGUAUUUCAACUAAUAUAGAAAAUAAAGAAAAUAUGAAGAUUAAGUUUUAAAACCUUUGGAAAAUGAAUUAAAUAGAAUUAGAGAAUAAGAAUUCAUGAAUUUGCAUGAUAGUUAUAUUGAAUCUAUAUUAGAGAAUGAAUAAGAAAAUAUUCCUGGCAAAAAAAUUGAUUUAUUUAGUUAAGUUAUAGACUUAGAAAUUUUAACAGAUGUAAGUGAAAUCUACGAUACAUUAUGGACAUCAUUAUAUAAGAGAUGUUUUAAAGAAUGUUAUGAAAAACAGAAUUAUAUUUCUACUUAUUCUAUAGGAGAAUGUCAUGCAUAUGUAGGUACAUUAUAAAAUAAAAUUUAUUCAUGGGGAUUGAAUGAUUAAUUAUAGUAAGGAUUACUUAAAUAAAAUGUUAAUAAAAUUAAUUAGAUAUAAUUUCAAUUUAAAGUUAAAUCAAUUAAAUCAGGUGCUAAUCAUGGAUUAAUUUUAAGUUAAGAUAAUGUUUUAUAUUCGACAGAUGAAAAAUAAUGUAUAUUAAAAGAUGUUAAAUUAUUUUCUGUUUAUAAUGAUGAAAAUAUAGCUGUUGAUGAAAAUAAUUUAAUAUAUAUAUGGAAAAAGAAACAAAAAAAACCUUUAGAAUUGAAAUCUUGGACAACAUUUAUUAGAAUGAGUUAAAUAUAAUAGAAGUUGCAAGUGCAUCAAAUUUCACAUGGUUUAUAAUUUUUUAUAGUAUUAUCUACAAAUGGUUUGAUGUUUUCAAUGGGUGAAAAUACAGUUGGAGAAUUAGGAAUAAAUAGAGGUCAUUCAAGAAAUGAAUUAACUUUAAUAGAAUUAUAGGAUAAAAUAGCAGAAGUUCAUUGUGGAAUGAAACAUACAAUAGCCAAAUCUACAUUAGGCAAAGUAUAUACAUGGGGUUGGGGUUAAAUGGGACAGUUAGGACAUGGAAAUCUUAAGGAUGAAUCUUAUCCUAAAAUUGUACCUUUUGAAUCAAAAGUUCUUUAAGUUAUGGCUGGUCAUAAACAAUCAAUAGUAAUUUUAGAUACAAAAAAGAUUUAUUGGUGGGGUACCAAUUCUUGUUUGUAAUAUUAAUAAAGACCUGUUGAAUAUAUGACUAAUUAUCCAGCUGUUAGAGUAUUAUGUAGUUGGAGUAGAACUUUAAGCAUUGUUUAUAUUACAUUUGCCAAGACCUAUAAAUGUAUUGAUAAUAACAUAAAAUUGAAAAAUAAAAUUAUUAAUUAAAUGGUUAGCAAAUGGAGUGAAAAUGAUAUUUAUUCUUUAGAUCCUCCUUAUUGCGAUAAUUUAGCUAAUUAUUUCAAUUAAAUGAAAAAACCUUAAUAAAAAUUAAAUAUAAAAUUUGCAUCAAAAAUUGAACAUUAACAAUUAGUUAAAUAAUUAUAAUAGUCUCCUUUUAAUUUAUUAGAUGAUGUAAAAGAUACAAGUUGUUUUUUUAGUUUCAAAAAUGAAUCUAACAUUUAAUUACAAAAAUAAUUAUUGGAACAUUCUGAAAAUACAGAUAUUAUUAAUAAUAAGUCUUAUCAUAUUGAUAAUUCAAAUAAGUAUAAUUUUAUUAUGAUUUAGAUUAAAAUUGCUAAAGUCUGUAAAAAAAUACCGAAAUGAUCCUUAAUUACAAGAAAUACUAAAAUAAUCUGAAUUAAGUGAAAUAUUAUAAUAUAUUAAUUGA